AAAUGUUUCCUUUCGUGUAUUCAAGCGUCUAACUAUAAGAAAGUAAACAAUGGUACCAAAAAGUCAAGAUCUCAAAGUGCCAGACCUGCGGCAAAGAGCAAAAGAAAGCGUUCUUCCAAGAAGAGGUCUGUCAGUGCCAAAUCCACAAAGACAGAGGUGGAUAUUCUGAGUCCAGCUGCCAUGGAGAACGUCUACUACAUCUCCCAUAAUGCAGUGGACUGCUUGGAGUUCAGAGGAUUUGGUUGGAAUGGAGCCACCAAGAAGAAAGGAAAAAAGGGCAAGAAACAAAAGAGCAAAAAAUGAAACCUAGAAGUGCUUAAAAUGGUAAAUUAUUUCGUUUAGCAAAGUUGGAUAGUUAAGUUAUACAUUUCAUUAUUUCAUUUUCAUCUGUAAAUAUAGCAAACAAAAAAUAUUUUAUAUAAUCUAUUUCACUUCUUUAAACUGUCAUGUUGCAUUAUUAUUAGCCAAAAAUCAGUUUGUAAACUGAUUUAGCAUUUAUCUCAGCUGACGGUUUCUUUUUGGUUUAUUUAUCCAUCAUAUAAAACUUGUUACAACCUG